AACAAAAGCAGCCACUGUAGAGAGAAGAUGGAUCGGGAGAAGAAGAGAGGAGAGGAAAGGCCUGCCCAGCCGUCACCACCGCAGCGCCGCUGCAGCUAUUGCCACCUUCAGAGCUGCGGAAAGUCGUCCUCCCUGCCGUCGAAUGCCGCCGUCGUGUCGCACAUGAGAGAGAGAGAGAGAGAGACAGAUUCGAGAGGAGCUAACCACGAUCGCUGCCGUCGAAGCCAGGCUCGUCGCCGUCACCACCCACGAAGCUGCGAGGAGCCGCUGUCGUGCUCGUGUCGCUGUGCGCCGUCGAGCUUCCCUCACCCUGAGCCGUCGAUCUGUCGCCACCGCUACAAGGGCUUGUCGCUGGAGCCACGACUGUCACUGAGCAUCUGUCGCCGCUGCCGUUCAAGCCGCUGCUGCCGUCGAUUUGGAGUUGCUGCGAUUGGAGCCACUAGCGGGGUUUGUUGAGUUCGGAUUCCUUGUGCUACUGUAACUGUCAUUACUGCUGCGGGAACCAACAUUUCUGUUUGGCUG